AUGAAUGAUGCGACGACUUCCCUGCUCACAGAGCACUUCAGCUAUACCCCCUUGUCGCUUAUCGAUGACAUUAUCAAUUCGAUCAACAAUCUGAUUUACCAGGCGAUUUCAAGUCUGGAGUCGGGGUUGCUUGCGACACCGCCUGAGCGCUUGGGAUUUGGACAUGCGAGUAACGGCUCCACGAUUCCGGAUACAGACGAGGAUGGCAAUGUUGUUUACCCAGAGGCAAAAUUGGAAAUCGAGAAUGGGCUGCAUCAGCUGGAGACCUUGCUCGAGGCCAAUGUCGAUAAGGCGUUCGACAAGUUUGAGAUCUACGUGUUGAGAAAUAUUCUCACCGUGCCGGAGGAUCUGCUGUUCUGGGUCCGGCUUAAACAUUAUGAGGGCCUCUCUUUUGAAAGCUUCCCGGACACCCCCACGCCUGAGACCAUCCACGCGCAGCGCAAGCAGCUCCUCGAGACUCGAAAGCUCAACCGCUCAUUGAAAGACGAAUGCGCUCGGAACGAAGCCGUCAUCUUUCAGCUGAAAUCUAUUCUAUCUACAGUGGAAACUGCCAAGUCAGACGGCCCUGCUGACAAAUCCAAGACCACUCCAAAGAAGCCUCUGGACCUGUCUUUCUUGACAUCCAGCCCAGCUGCACGCCAGCUCCGCGUCGGUGUGGAUGCCGGCACCAAUUCCAAACACGCCCCGCUGACGACAAAUACAACCUUCAUCCUCUCGCAGCUCCCGGCCUUACAAGCGACACUUGAGCAGCUGCGGCCAAAGUUGGCCAGCUUGUCGGCUGCCACUAAGGAGAUGGAGACCAAAUCUAAGCGGGACGAACGGAAGGAAUACAUUGAGAGCCGGAUCAGACUACACCUCGAACGAGCUGGGCAGCUGGCGAUGGGAGAUGAUGGCAAUCCGGUCGUUGCUGGACGCCGAAUCGAUAUCUCCGAGGCUCAUGCUUUGGAGAACGUGGCCAACAUGCUUACACAGGAACACAAGUCGACCUAA